GUUACAAGAUGGGGAACAAGGUACAACCAUUACCAGAGCCGUGUAAGGUGUGUCACCACCCGCCCGACCACCACCCACAGGUCCGGGACCAGAUGGUGGACACCUCGGACCUGGAGAGAGAACUGAACGAACGGAAAACUGCUUUAAAGGUAAUAGAUAAAAUGAAGGCUUUGAAGGACGAAAGAGCUCGGGCUGCGAACUCCAAGAAAUCCGAAACGCCACCAAACUCCCCCACGAGGCGGCUGAUCCACCCCCACUGCUGUCAGGACGAGGGCGCGAACCCCAUGGUGAAGUCGCGUGACUACAAGUCCAGUGAGCACGGGGACAGUCUGCUGUUCCACCUCAACAGACUCAGGAGGGGGAAUGACUUCUGUGACACUUACGUCGCUACUGACGAGGGGGGCUUCAGGGUGCAUCAGGCCGUGUUGGCCGCCGUCAGCCCGAGGUUUAAGGAGGAGAUGGAACUCCAGACGACGGAGGAGGACGAGAAGGAGAAACAACUCCGCACCAUCCGCAUCAGGGACGUAUCUCCUACUGCUUUAAGUAUGGAUCAAUUCAUCGUAUUUGUAUUUCUCCCAGAUUUCCUGUUGGAUUUUGCUUACACUUCUGAGAUCUCUAUCAACCUAAAACACGUGGAGGACAUCUUCAAGUCAGCCAAGAAGCUGGCGAUGCCUGGAGUCGUCUUCUUCUGUAAGGAGUUCCUGUCUCAAGAGAUCAACAUGGACAACUGUCUCAAGGUACUGGAGGUCGCGGGUCGGUGCGGUCUACACGACAUCGUGGAGAAGGUGGACGGCUUCAUUCUGAGGAACUUUGACCAGAUGUCAGAAUCUGACCUGCUGCAGCAACUCACCUUCCAGCAGAUAUCAGCUUACAUGCGGAGUGACGACGUCAGGUCAAGCGCUGAGUUGAAGCUGUUUAACGCCGCAUGGCGUUGGCUCAAGUACGACACCUCCCGGAGCGCGCAUGCGCACGACCUGAUGGCUGACAUCCGGUUUGGGCUGAUGUCGUCAUUGGAACUCAAGAACCAUGUGCAGCAGGUGGAGUUUAUGCGGACGGACCCACAAUGCAGUCGGACUCUACAGGAAGCGUACGAGUACCACCUGUUCCCUUCCCUGCAGCCUUUGCGGCAGAACAACACCACCAAGGUCAGGUCAUCCACGUAUUGCGUCAUCACUGUGGGCGGGGCACAGAAGGAACCAACCAAUCAGUGUCUGUAUUUAGAUCUGACUCCAGAGCCCGCUUUUUCUGACGGUGUCAGGCCUCGUCCUGAGUGGAAACAAUUCCAAAGAGCUCCCAAAGCCAGAUACCAGUUGACUGCAGCCGUGCUGAACAACUUCGUGUACCUGGUUGGCGGGCAGAACGAGGUUCACGCGGCGGGGCGGGCUGCCGAGAGCUCGGGUUGGCGGUACGACCCGCGGGGGAACGAGUGGCUCUUCAUCGCGCCCAUGCAGGAGCAGAGGACGGAGUUCUGUCUAUGUGCUGUAGGAGACACCCUGCUGGCCAUAGCCGGGAGGAACACCAGCGGGCUGCUGAAGUCUGUGGAGAAGUACGACAUGGAGAGGGACACCUGGACCUACGUCGCCUCCCUGAAGAACCCGGUUUGUGGACACGCCGGCUCCGUGUCGUGUGACAAGGUCUUCGUGUCCGGAGGAUACACCGGUCAGGACUAUGACAAGUCCAUGCUGUCCUACAGCCGCACGUCUGACCAAUGGGACGUCAGGAGGCCCAUGUUCAGCGCACGCGCAUGGCACUGUCUGGUGACGUUCGACGACAACAUGUACGCCAUCGGAGGACACCGCCGGAACCCUGCCGGCUGGCAUGAGGAUAUAAACGUGGUGGAGAUGUACCAAACCAGCGCUAACCAGUGGACAAAGAUGUCGUCCAUGGACCAGCCCAGGAGCUUCGCUGGCAGCUGUGUGGUCAACAACGCCGUGUACGUGGUCGGCGGCGUGUCCAAACAGGCACAGAGCUGCAUGCGGACAGUCCAGCGGUACUUCCCGGAGGAGGACCGGUGGGAGAGACUUCCGGAUCUCCCCAGUCCCACCAGCGGCACGGUCUGCGCUACCAUGGCGCUGUCGUGGAGGGUAGUGAACCAGAGCCAGCCUAUCUACCCGCCUUCUCGGGCGGCGAGUUACGCCAGCGUUAGGGACAACAUCACACUCACCUUCAACGAACAGAACAGCGGCACCCUGGCGCCUGGGAGCGAGACUACCAAGCGUUCCCUGGCAACGGUUGCUAAGCAGAGUAACCUGAAAGAACUGGGAGCGGACAGGACCAGUGUGGAGAUGGGGGAGCUGAUUUAAAACUCAAACGAGCGCGUUUAGUAUGUAAAGUGACAGAG